CGGGUCACAGUGCAGUAGGCGCACGUCGCGUCGGUCCGAGCAACAGAGUGCUGUGUGUACACCCCGCCCACAUAUUAUUGUGCGGCUAGCCUAAAGCUAGCCAGCCACGCUUCUCACAAUCUCGCGAGCGGACACCUGCCGAGAGCCGCGGCGGAUGAUGUAUUCAUUAUUCUACGAGGGGCAACUCCGACCGCGCCACCGAGCCGCGUAAGGAAGCUUUAAUGUGACACCGCGGACGAGCAUGAUUCUGGCUGGAUCAGACCAUUUCUUGGCGGUACCUGUGGAAACGACUGCAGUUCUCGGUGCCGUUGCUGGAUUCGUAGUACUCUUGCUGGCCCUCUUCCUCUACCUGUCUCGGAAGUGGUGCUUCACACCGUCCUCGUCUACUGCACUCUUCGGCGGAGUCUGUGUGCCUCUCUGUGAGUCCACCAACAGCUCCACAUCUCAAAUCUCGAAAAACAUAGGGAAGGCAUUCACGUACUCGGAUCCGGAAACAAGCUCCGACUCGGAGGAAGACGCGCUCCGACGGUUGAAUUCGCGCUCGCAUUCUCCGCCGGAUACGUUGACUAUCCAAGCGGAGGAUGGACCGACGACCAUCGUGGACGCUGGAACCACUUCCAGCAGUUGCACGGAGGAACAUUCGCCGGCAGAUCAGCAGCAGUGCGUAGUGGAAGUUGGAGCUUCUAGCAUUAUACUCGACAGUAGAGAGCAGGAAAUAGAAGUCGAGCAAAAUGAAUCGACGACCAAUGAUGUCAUCACAACGAUGGGCACAGUGGCUGCCGAGGAAAUCGGUAGCCUGGAAGUCGCUUUCUUAUACGACGCCCCGAUGCGCGAGAUGACAGUUCACGUAUUACAAGGACGAAAUUAUCCUUCUGGCAUCGGCGGCAGUCAAGUGCGCUUAGUCCUUCUACCAUCAAAAAAACAAAGGCGCAAAACACGAGUGCGACAGGGAACAUCUCCGCAAUACAUGGAGAGCUUUCUGCUGCCCCGUGUAAAUCCGGAGGACGUGAACGCGAUGGGAGUGCGGCUCAGAGUUUACCUCUGGGGAGGAAGGAUGAUGCGCCGGGAGAGAUUGUUGGGCGAAGCCAGGGUGUCCUUCGAUCAAAUCAAUCUCCAACUGGAAACGACACUCUGGUUGACUCUUCAGCCGCCGCUCUCUUCCUCGGCGCAGGAUUGGGGAACCACAAACAGCCUGACUCGUAGCGACUCCACGGGAUCCCAACAGUCGGUCCAGUCGUACGCCUCUCCGGCCGUGCCACCUUACGGCAGCAGCAUGAAGGGCGGCAGCGUCGCCGAGAUCCUAAUCGGUCUGGCGUACAACGGUACCACGGGUCGCUUAUCAGUGGAAAUCAUCAAGGGUUCCCAUUUCCGUGGCGGAGGCGGCAACGACACGAAACCACCCGACACUUACGUGAAGCUAGUCCUCGUUGACAGCAACAACCAUGAAAUGGGCCGGUCGAAAACUGGCCUGAAACGCGCCCAGCCGAACCCCCUCUACAAGGAAACUUUUAUAUUUCAGGUCGCGUUAUUCCAAUUGGGAGACGUGACACUCUUCCUAUCUAUAUACAAUCGUCGGCGAGGCGGAAUGGGCAGAAAGGGACGGGAGAUGAUCGGCUGGCUCUCCUUGGGUCUGAACAGCUCCGGAUCCGAGGAGCUGCAGCACUGGAACGACAUGCGGACGGCGAGGCAGCCGACGCAGGUGCAACGCUGGCACUCGCUGCUGCGCCCUUGAAGCUGCUUCGAACGGCGACCUACGGAUCUAUUCUCGAUGCAAGCAUUCGAGCGCGGAAUGAUCUGGCCGGUGCUCGCCGAUGAGUGCGGGAGACGGAGCGCGGCGAAGACCGACUGCACACGGUGGGCUUAUUUCGAAAAGGAUCGUGGCUCAUUCUCCUUGUCUCGCGAAGAUACAGCGUGUACUGCCCGGUUGAACAACGGAAGUCAAUAUACCAGUCGGUCUGUCAAUCACAAAGUCAGAAUCCGAACGACGCGAGUGUCCGAGUGACGUUGUGAAGACCCUCUGACAUCUCUCAUUAUUCUCUCGUGUCUUUCGACACUUUAGGACGUUGGUCGAACGAGCCAAGCGUCUGAACCGCGUCGUAAAUGACAUUCAAAAGAUGGAUCGUGCUUCUUCGGGCGAAUUUUAGACGUUUCUCUAGAGGUUUUCUGGGCUUUCUGUUUUCUGUUCGGGAUCUCUGCUUUUCGGGAAUAAUUGUAAACUCUGAGUUGACACAAACUCUCGUCUAAAUGUACCAAGUACAUUCCCCCCUUUUUGAUACGCUGAUGGGAGCAGGGUGGGUAGUUUUUCGAUGUCGAGGGUCUCGACGUGGUAUUAUUGACGCCCCGGCAAUCAUCGUGCCUGUCCCUGUCACGAUGCUCUCCGACUCGACACGUGCCUGAGCCAAUCUGAACCGUUUAUUUUUUACUUUGUGCCUUUCACCCUUUUUAGGCCGCGCGCCAUGCUAAAUGGAGAAUCGUCGUGGAAUGCAAGCGAAAUUUGACCGACCGAACGGCGUCAUUUCGAAAGCAAAUAAUUAAACAUCUUUUGACUUCAUAGUACAGUAGGCGUUGGUGCGUUAUACUUCCGUUUUAAGAUUUUUGCUUUCAAUUUCUUUAUCGACAGCUCCGCAUUUUUUAAUCGACGAUGUGCAAAUAUCCUGGCAUUGCGCUUGAUUUAAAAAUAUCUAACCGGAAGUGUAAGGCAUUAAGAAGGCCUAAUGUACUGUAAGAUGUAGGGUGGUCACAUGCAAUAGAAAAUCCAGGAUUUUCGAGCCGUUUUGAAAUUGGUUCUGGGAAUUUGGAGAAGAUUACAAAUUUCGCGUGAUCUUUGAUGAUGAAACACUUUUAGAGUUUUGUUUCUACGAUUGUUAAAAUGGAUUUCAGAAUGAAAUAAUGAAAACAAAAAUUAAUAAUAAUACUAAGGCUCCAAUAAAUUAACGAAUAAUCUUGGGAGAAAAAGGCAAAAAGAGCCGUUGCUAGGUGUUCGUGCAAAAAUUAAAUUAUAUUAUAAAAAUUACAAAGUUUUCUGCCAAACGUUUCUGCCUAUAUUAGGCCUUUUUCAGUGUCGUUACAAUUAAAAUCAUAAUAAACGGUAUCACGUGUGUGUGUGUGUCGAAGCGUUUAGCAAACAAAUGAGACGAAAUACGCAAGCUGUUCUUCAUGACAAAUAAUUAUCAUUUUAACCAUCCGACUUAGUUUAAAUAUGUAUUCAGUUUUAAAAAAUCAUGGACUCUUCGGUUUUUUAAAUAAUUUCUCCAUGAACUUUGAAGGCGUUUUAAUGGAUAAUGCUGGUCUCCGACUCUUCCAUGUUUUUUAUUGGACAUACGGUUUCGGCUUUUAAUAACAAUGCCAAUUACCGAUCUUUCUAUAUGGAAAUUAUUUGUCAUGAAGAAUAGCUUGCGAAUAGCUGUUUUGCCUUUUUCUCCCAAGAUUAUUGAAUAAUGAAAAGUUUUGUUUAAAGUUAAAGUUCUUUUAAUCGAAUUUUAUUUAUUUUAUUUAUU